AUGUCGACGCAUGGUCCCGCGCCCGUCCCCGCCCAAAACAGCAACUUCUUAGAAAAUGGCCGCGUCUACCACGGCUUCCGGAGAGGCCUCUACAUGUACCCGUGCGAUGAGCCCGAAAAGGACCGCAUGGAUAUCUAUCACAAACUCUUCACAGUCGCACGACGCGACCAGCUGCACCAGGCGCCUGUUCAGACCUCUCCACAUGGGGAGCCCCCCCGCAUCCUCGACAUUGGCUGUGGCACGGGCAUCUGGGCAAUUGACAUGGCCGAGAUCCCUCCGAACCUGCGAUUUCGUGUACCACGCGACUACAUGUCCCCGUGGAACUUUGGCGAGGACUCCUGGGAUCUGAUCCACCUGCGCAUGGCCUGCGGCAGCGUCUCGAGCUGGCCAGAAAUGUACCAAAAAGUCUUCUCUCACCUCAAGCCCGGCACCGGCUGGAUCGAGCACGUCGAAAUCGACAUGGAACCGCGCUGCGACGACGGCACUCUACCCCCCGAUUGCAUGUUGAAGAAGUGGUACAACUAUCUCGCAGACGCCACCGCCCGCGUCACACAGCCGAUUGCAUAUGAACACCGCACCCGCCAGCUGCUGCAGUCGGCUGGCUUCAUAGACAUUCAGGAGAUGGUAAUUCGCGUUCCUUACAAUUCGUGGCCCAAUGACCCGCACCAAAAGGACAUUGGAAGGUGGUACAACCUAUGCAUCACAGAAGGCCUGGACGCACUAAGUUUUGCGCCCCUCACCAGAGUCUACCAUUGGGACCUGAACCAACACGUCAAACCAAUGCUCGAACAAGUUCCGACGGGGAGAUAUGUAACCGCCAAAAUUCAUGCGUACAACAACAUGUAA